AUGAUAAAAUCUUUCUACAUUCAUAUUGCCUUCGUUAUCAUUGGUAUGCUGUAUCUACUCUUUGGAUCUAGACAGCUUUUCUUUCAAUUCUGUCAUGAAAUGAAGCUUCGUCACACUGUUGCAGCUCCAGAAACACUGCACAUUGAAAGCUUAGCAGACAACUUUUACAAGACCAUAUUUUUCCAAUUAAACACUUAUAAAUUGAUCAACCAUUGCCAGCUUCAUACCUGGGACUAUAGAAAGCCAUACGAGUUUUUGAAAUCAGUUGUUUCUACGCUCAUCAAGGGAUGCUCAGACUUGGACAGUGCUUUCAUCAAAGAUCUGGGAAGCAAGCAUGCAACAAACCUGAAUGUCGCCUUUCAAGAAAAGAUACUCAACAGUGGGGUCUCAAGGAACUUUUUCUGUUUCUAUAUCUUUUUCAUUUCUCUUUUCUUCAAGGACGCUAUUCAAUCGGCUGCUGUUGAUGCUUACAACAAUGCGUACAAUUAUGUCAGAAAUUGGUACUUUGAUGGUGGCAACAUGGCUACUGCAAAUGAUAAUAGCGACAAUUCUGGUGACAAUAGUGGUGGUCGUGGUGGCCCAGGUGGUCCUGGCAGCAAUCCAGGUGGUAAUUCUGGUAGCAACAACAAUGCUAGCGGUUCAGCCAAAAGAAAGUACAAGACGGAGCAAUCAACGCGUCGCAAGCAUCUCCCUAUUGGCAAGAAACCUGUAAUUAGACAAAAAGCCUCAACCUCCAAAGCGCGUUCUUAUGCUGCUUCAUCCUCCAAGAGUCCUUCUAAUAUUGCUUCAUCUUCCAAAAAUCACUCUUCGUCCAAGGCUCCAUCAUCUUCCAAUGCCCCCAUUAUCGAUGUUGACAAAGCUGCAAUCUGUCAAGCCGAGAAGGCGGACAAAGUAGCAACAGACAACUUUCAGGCAUCUUUUGUCGAAAUAAACCUUCAAAAAGCAAAUCUUGAAAAAACCUUCUCCAAGUACCAAGGCUUGGUAAAUGGCUUGAAAAGAGAAUACAAACAAAAACCAGACAUUCCACUUCCUGAUGCGGCUUCUGCCUCUCUCAAUCAAUAUCUAACCACCCAAAAAGAAUUGGUCAGCAAGCUUCGAUAUGUCAGUUUAUUGAAAGCAAAAAGCACAUACAUGCUUGAUGCCGUAACGAACCACCUUCGAUUUGCCAAGAUAGAAACUGAUAAAUUAGAGGAGCAACUUCAACGAUAUGACUUUGCUAAACGUGAUCCCUUUGUACUGCUGACCAAAGAAACCGUAUCUCAGGUGCCUCCUGUUACUGAAAGAUCAGCCAAUAUCUCUUCUACAUCAUACCCUCCUGCGCCAGAUGCGACCUCCGAUUCUGCAUAUCCUGGUCAACAACCUCAAAUAAGACGUGAUGCACCCAAACCUUACCCAAGUCACUCUCAAGAUGCUGCUCCUGUCAAGAAACAGUUCGAAACUGAGAAAGAGGCCAACGAGUACCUGAAAUACAUGCCUAGACAUGAUACGACAUUCGAAGACGUAGAUUUUGAUCAAGUGAAAGUGCCUUGUGGCAUCGCGUCUCUACUUGGAGAAUACAACAAUUAUUGUUUCCCUCCUGGCACGUAUGAGCCCCCACCACUGAAUCCUGAUAUUCCUCCUACUCCUGCUGAAUCCAACUUUGCAACUCUUUUACCUUCAGCACAAGAACAAAUACCAAAAAGCAGCAAGAACAAAGGGAAGCAGCCCAUGUAUCCAAGACUGUAG